UUGACAUUAGUCAUCCAUCAUUAUGUCAUUGUUGUUCACACGCGAUUAACUUAUUUUUAUCAAAAAUAAUAAAGUAAAUUAUCCUGUUAUCUUGCGUUUUAGCGAAAUUAGUAUAGUUUCAUCCGUGUCGAGUGACCUUAUCACUUUCGCGCCGUGCAAAAUGGACAUAUUUUCUUUAAAUAAACUAUGUUUACGAUCAAAUGGACAAACUGCUUGUUUACGAAGUUCGAAGAAGUGUUUUGUGUUAUCUUAAUGACUAACGAGUGUAAUUCGCAGUGAAAAUGGACACUACAAGUGAGAAUAAUGUUAAAACGGAGGACGCGAACAGCCCGAAGAAGGAUAUGCCCUUGAAUUUGCAAAAAAUAUGCCUCGUUUGUGGAGAUAAGGCCCUCGGUUACAACUUCAACGCAAUUUCGUGCGAGAGCUGCAAGGCUUUCUUCCGACGAAACGCAUUAACUAACAAGGAAUUUAAAUGCCCUUUCUCAAACAACUGUGAGGUCACUGUUGUAACCCGCAGGUUCUGUCAGAAAUGUAGGUUAGAGAAAUGCUUAUCAGUUGGUAUGGUGAAAGAGUUUAUCAUGUCAGAGGAAGAUAAAGCUGAGAAGAGACGGAAGAUCGAGGAAAAUCGAGCGAAGAAACGUCAAUUAAACGAUUCUGAUGACUCUGUAUCUAGUUCUAAGAACUUUAGACGAGACGAUGAGUUAAAUUAUGUUCCGCCUAUGCAUGAUACAGGUCUCCAAUACAAUGUACUAAACAGUACAACAUGUAGCCCACACAGCACCGUCCACUCUCCUCUAAACACUGACUUAGAUAAUACAAUGAGUACAGCUGUCUACAACCAGUAUGUACCCGUCCAGAGCACCGAACAACCCUAUACUAUGAAGGUUUACCCCAUUGAUGAGAAGAGUAUCAUCAACAGGGCCGUGUAUGAUCAGAGGGUGGUGGAACUGGGCUACAGCAAUGUAUGUGACAGCAUGGAUAGCAUGUAUGAGCCACCCAAACAGAAUAGUAUACGAUCAAUCCUAACGAAUGGCGACACAGCGUGUACGAACGAAGUAGAGGACAAGAACCAGAGCCACGUGUGUGAAGAGAUGCCCUCCACCAGCAACAACCCUGAUGUGAACAAGGCAAGGGACAUUCUGCAGGACGUUGAGAGGAUAGAACCGAACUCAAUGGAGUCAAUUCUAUGUGAGGCGAUAAAACUAGAGUUCGAAGCGUACACAUCUGUUGGCAGCUGUAGUGGUUCUUCACGAGAACUCAAUGAGGUGGAGCGAGCAAAGCUGAAUGAACUGAUAGUGGCUAACAAGGCUCUGCACGCGCCAAUCGAUGACGACCUAUCGCAACUCAUCGGCGAAGUAACUUCUGCAGGACUAAAGGACGGUAACGGCAAGCACGAUCCAAUGUUAAUAACCAUAGUGAAUCUAACAGCCGUCGCCAUACGAAGGCUGAUCAAAAUCGCUAAGAAAAUUAACGCGUUUAAGAACAUGUGCGAAGAAGAUCAGAUUGCUUUGUUAAAAGGCGGUUGUAUAGAAAUGAUGGUUCUUCGGAGUACAAUGACGUAUGACGGACAACGAAAUCAGUGGAAGCUACCUCACAGUCAUGAACAAUACGGAACCAUACAGACAGACGUGCUCAAACUCGCGAAAGGCAACAUAUAUCGCUCACACGAACAGUUCAUCCGCUCGUUCGAUCCAAGAUGGCGGACCGACGAGCACAUUAUACUCAUCAUGUCCGCCAUCUUGCUGUUCACGCCCGACAGGGCUAAGGUGGUGCAUCGUGACGUCAUCAAACUUGAACAGAAUUCGUACUACUACCUCUUACGUCGCUACCUCGAGAGCGUGUACCCUGGCUGCGAAGCCAAGUCCACGUUCCUCAAGCUCAUCCAGAAGAUCCUGGAGCUGAGGAAGUUCGCGGAGGAGGUGACGGGCGUGUACCUGGACGUGCACCCCAUCGAGCCGCUGCUGAUGGAGAUCUUCGACCUCAAGCACCACGCCGCAUGACCCUGCGCCAGGAGCCGAUGGUGGAAACCCCUGCCAGCUUAUAUGAGACUCAUUGUUUUAGGUUAUUCUACUAUUGGUAUUAUAUUUAUUUUGAUGAUAAAAAAUGUUUAUAGGCGGAAAAUUACGGGAUCGCUUCGCUCGGUUUUAUUCUAUUUUUAGAUGUUCACUAAGUAUCUUGUGUUAUUCAAAUUCUAAGCCAAUCCUCC